UUAAAAGCGUGUCAACUCCGCCCUUAUUACCAUCUUGGACCUUGGUCACGAGAACUACUGGCACGGUCCAACAUUAUGGACUUGUCGCAGCUAGAACUCCCCAUCACAUCUUACUUUGGGCGAAAUAAGAAGGACAAGAGAGAGGCAGAACCAGCCAAGAAGAGAAAACUCUCGGCGGCUGCGGACGACAGGGGAGGUCCAGGAAAACGGGAAAGGCGGGCAGCAGUUUCUGCUGAUGCGCGUAAGGGUCCUCGGGGCAGCGCCAAACAGACAAAGACAACUAAGAAGCAAAUAAAGUUUCCUACUUCGAAGUCUCCGGUCGCAUCGACCUCCAGCCGGAGAGAGAGAGCAUCACCACCCGGACCAUCUCACGAUGUAGUGGUCAUCGGCUCAUCACCCGAGCGGCCGGUUGCAGGCAGCUCUCACUCAGUGAAGAGUACCUCAAACACUGUCUCCCAUAGAAUAAAGGCUCCUGUGCAUCUUGCUAGUGCUCCGGAGCAGUCUCUAGCCACUCCUCCCCCAACAAACCAAACGAAGAAGCGAACGCUCACAGUAAGCACUGCGGUGGUUCAGCUCCUCUCUCCGAGGGCCACCCCCACUACGAUUAUUCCUGCCAUUACAUCUUUACCUACUCCAGAGACCAAUGUGCGCAAACCCAGCAAUAUACAUGCACCGUCCGGUUUGCGCACAGUCGUUGGUGCAACGUCGCCACGCAGAGCCAAGAAUGGGUCCGACCCUCGUAUACCAUCAAGCCUCUCUCCAGGUUCUGCCCCGCUCAUUAAGAAGCUCAUUGUCCCAAUAGAUACCGACAGAGACGUCCAGUCAAGAAAACAUGCGGAUGGCUUCAAUGGGACAAAGCAGGCAAUAGAUUCUGAUGACCCAUUUAUCUGUGCGUCCAGAGACAACGAAGUGGUCCAUGCAAUACCUGCAUCUUCUCCAGAUUUACCAUUUAAGAACUUGCACUCUGCUCCUGCUAUAAUUGAAGAACUUGUCCCGUCGUCGCAAAGUCAAUACUUGCUUGCGUUAGAUGCGACGCCUAGUCGCAAGCGGAUAGCAAGACCUGCAUCAAUCAACUAUGAGCCUAUCCCAAGCUCACAGUCCCAGGAGGAGGGAGUGAUGAGCAUGUCAUCUUUGUCCGGAAGCUUGCUGAAUAAGUGGUCGCUGACAAGAAUCGAAGUCGAUUUCCCAACACCGCAUCCCAUUGCACAUGUUGCCCAUAAUAAUCGCAGCGAGCGCAAUCCACUGCACCAAUUUACCCUUGGGUCGAGCCCUGCUACAUCUCCCGUUGUUUCUCCGUCUAGAAGAUUCUCUCAUUCGUUUUUGGCAACCAAAUCUCCAAGAAAUAGAUUCUCGUUCAUUGCGUCGCCGUCUCGCAGCCCUUUGAAAGGGACUCCACGCCGCAUUCUAGACAAGAUCACGCCCCUCAAUAAGCCCGUGGAGCACCCAGGGCCCGUUGAGGACGACUCUGUCACAGAGCCAGAGUCAGAACCAGAAGUACUCAAACCUGCUCAAGAUGACGACUCCGAAACUGAGCCCGAAUCGGUAAUAGAGGUACUCAAACCUGCUCAAGAUGAUGACUCCGAAACCGAGCCAGAAUCAGAACCGAUUGUCAGACCCCCGACAGAGAUCCCAAACCACAAAUCGGAAGACGUGGCCCAGCAACCUCGAGCAAUUGCAUCUAGAACCUCCAUCCCACAUUCAAACCCAUCCACCAUACUUUCUCCCUAUAGAAAGCGGCGUACAUUCGAUUCGUCGUGCACUUCCUCGCUGGACGAUUUGAUGCAACAGGGCGCUGGAAUGAGUGUCCCAGCCUCACGCAGACCUUUCUUAUUACCUUCAAAAACCCCACCGCCUGCGGCGAGAGAUUUCCUCGAGAUGUUCCAAGACGAUGGAAGUUACCCUGAUGAUUUCCCGGAAUCCCUGCGUUGUUAAAAUUUAAGUCGAGUAUUGGUUAGCAGAGCACAGAAGCAGUCGUUGGAUUAUUAUGCGCAUGGACGUUGGUU